AUGAAUGAAGUUAAUGAAACUAUAUUGACACUUCUCAUUGCUACAACUAUUGUGACUGAUAAGAUACGGAAAGUUGAUAUCUGUUUGUCGAUUCUGGCGUUCUUAUUGUGUUUGGUUCAUUUUUCGAUUUUGGUUAGGAAAGAGUUGAGAUCCAAUGCCAUCUUCAUCCUCAUCCUCGGCAUCUGCUCUUCUGACAUCAUCCGAAACAUAACCUCGAUUCUCUCCGAUUUCAAACAAAUCAAAGACUAUCAACGUAUCAAUUACUGCUUCGGUUAUGAUAGCUUCGCUAUGACAUCACUCGAACUUUUUCGUGAUUUUUUUCACCGAGUGGCCACCAGUAUUGCCUCGUGGCUCACAAUCACCCUGGCUUUCUUUCGAACCCUUCUCAUCUUAUACCCCAUGAGUAGCAUUGCUCAUCAACUUGCUGAAACUACAUCCACCGCGAAGACAAUCAUCUAUUAUACCAUUUUCUUCACUAUCUUUGCCAACUUUUGGGGAGAAAUCGGCCGGUACGCUCAUCAUCUGAAAACCGAUAGUGAUUUGUGUCUACUCCCUGUCCGAUUGGAGAGAUGGGAUAAUUUGACGAUGGAGGAAGUACAGUAUACUAAAGAGGAACGAGCUUCCAACUAUUUGUUCUAUAGUACUGCAAGGGGGCUAAGGUUUAUCUCGGUUUUCAAACCUAUCUCUCAUUUUUUGUUGUCUAUUUCUUUGAUAAUGGCAAUUCGAAAAGCAGCAAAGAGAAUUCAGAAUACGAGGAGUAGCUUGAGUGAAAAGUCAAUCAAAUCUACUACCAAACUGAUACUGACUAUGUCGAUUCUUUUUUUUAUUUCUGAUUUUUUUGCUUCUCUUGAAGAUUAUUUGGAUGAAUUUGUUCCCUAUAACGAGCAAAACAGAAUUAUCACAUUUAAAUUGAUGUUCUCUGAUUUCUUUCACGUCUUAUCAGCAAUCAACUCGAUUCCUCAAUUCUUCUUAUGUUAUUUUUUGUCGUCUCAAUAUCAGGAAGUGGUGAAAAGAGUGUUAAGGAUAAAGAAGAAGGACAUGAGUAUUAGUAAUGAGGUCUCGAGUCAUCGAAACGUCGAAGCUUCAACUGGAUUCACUCCUACAAAUCAUAAUUCUUAUUGA